UCAGUAAAAGGUAAAAUCUACUAUAUGUUGGGUGUUAUAUGUGAAAUAUAUCCUGAGUAUAUGACAACUGAUUCCACUAAAUUAUUAGAUAUAUAUAAAUCUUCUCUGAAAUCACAGAUGAUGUCUAAAACCAACAAACCUGAAAUGACCAUAAUAAGUGGAUGUUUAGAAGGGUUAACAUCAUAUUUAGUAAAUUUUACUCAACAGUCAGGAGAUGAUUCAUGCUAUUAUAUCUAUAAAUACUGUAAAAUGGCGUUAAAGCAAUCUACCACAUUAACAAGAUAUGAAGUACCUAAAGCUGGUCUCCAUCUGCUAUCUAAACAUGCCAGUCAGUUUAAUGAAUUUCUUAUAGAUGACUAUGAGGACAUGUAUGACAGAUUAUAUUUUUGGAGUCACCAUCAUAAUAGAGAUAUACUACAUGUCGGUAUGUGUGCCAUGGAAUCUUUUUUAAAGGAGGUAAAUAUGUCCUAUCUGUCUUUUGGUGAUAGUGUUUUUUUUUUCAUCAAACAAUUUCGUCAAAUAAUGAAUUCCAGUGAAUCUAGUGAUAAAGAGGUAUCUCUAGCUAUUAAAGGUUAUGGUCUCUUAGCUGGGCCAUGUAGAAGAUUUUUAAACGUAACAGAUGUUGUGUUUAUGCUCAGUGAAAUGUUAAACAAAUGUGAACAACAAUUUCUAUUGAAAGUUGGUGAAAAUCAGGAUAAAAUGUAUGGUUUACAUAGUUAUUUAGAUGCUAUAGCUAAUAUUAUUAAAGAAAUUGAUGAGUUAUCAGAAACCUAUGCCUCCAUAGUUGAACAUCUAUUAGUUAUGCAAAUACAGAAUAUGCCUAUGCUAAAUGAAAAGAUGCAUUUCAUGGCCACCAAGUCAGUGAUACAUGUUCUGUUGGCUUUAAUGUGUAAAGGUUCUGUAUUUAAUCAAGUCCUGUCUGGCGUGGUUUAUCAGAGUGUAAUAAGAACAUGUUCCCAUCCUAUUGUAUUAGAGACCGAACAAACAGAUGAUGAUACACUGUAUAAUGUUGAUGUAGAGAAACAAUCUAUCUCUUAUAAAAGUUAUUUAAACAUCUGGAAUCUCUUAAUGGAUAGUCCUGAAAUAAAGGUAGUUUUGUUUGAAUCCUUCGCACUUUUUAUUCUAACACAGUUGACUGAUGCGUUAUAUAAUGAACUGAUGAACUCUGUUAUAAAAGUGUUGAACAAAUUAGAUUUAACAUCAACUACCUCCACAGAACUUACUGAACAGAUGGAUGAAGCUAGUACAAGUGGUGGGGAUGUAACUAUGGAAACAGAUGAUGUGUCAGCAGAUCCUACAUCAAGUGUACACGCCAGUAAACCUAAAGAUUUUCAAGUUUUUAUUAAUUUGGUAGAUUUCUGUAGAGAACUGCUACCAAAUAAACAUAUUAAUCUGUUUGAGAAUUGGAUAUUUACAUUUAGUCAUAAUAUAAUAUUACUAUCUACACAGAAUCCUUUAGUUAGUGGUUUUUAUAAGUUACUAGCUCUCUGUAUGAAAAUAUCAAAUAAACUGGCAUAUUUUCAAGUAAAUGAAUCUAAUGAACAGGAGAAACAGAAAGCUGUGUGUUAUUUACUUAUUAAGAAGUUUUCAAAAGAGGUUUUAGUGCGUAUGAAACAGUAUCAAGAUGAUUUGUUAGCAGCCUGUUUAACACUCAUAUUAUCAUUACCUAAAGAAAUAAUAACAGAGCAAAUGAUAGAUGUUGUACCAGCAAUACAGGUGGCUUUAACAUUAGGAUUGAGUUAUUUACCAUUAGCUGGUAUAGCUAUAGAUGCUCUUGAAUAUUGGUGUCAUAAUCUACCUGAUCAUAUAGUAAAACCACAUUAUAGUUGUAUAUUACCAUAUCUUGAUAAUUAUAUUAGAACUGUUGAUAAAGGUAUGGUUGCAUUUUCUAUUUUUAUGUGGUACAUUUCAUGUGGUAUGCACAUAAGAUUUUCACUUUUGUUUUCCUCAUUUUCAUCUUUUUCUACAAUAAAUUGCCUUUUAUAUUUUCAGAGUUAUGAAUCUAAACUUGGUGUUAUUAAAGAUAGGGUGGUACAGUAUUUAGGAUCACUAGGUGGUAGUAUAAACUAUACACUACUGACUAACUCACAAGAUGAUAUCAGUAAACAAGCUAUAGCCUGGGAUACAGAACAACAUCUACGUUUUGAGACACCCUUUAUUGAUAUGAAACCUAUUAUAUACUUCGAUCCAUUUUUACCCCACGUAGUAGAAUUGGCCAGUACAUCUAGUGAUAGACAAACUAAAGUAGCCGCUUGUGAACUCUUACAUUCUUUAAUACUAUAUUGUCUGGGGCGGGGAGCUCAACAACCUGGAGAAGUACAAAAACGCUACCCCAUGCAGAAAUUAUAUAAGAAGUUAUUCCCAGCUAUGUUAAAACUAGCUUGUGAUGUUGAACAGGUUGCUAAACAAUUAUUUGAGCCUCUAACUAUGCAGUUGAUACAUUGGUUUACAAAUAAUAAAAUGGGGGAAAGCUCUGAAACAAUGGCUUUAUUAGAUACUAUAUUUGACAGUAUAAUCCAAGCUGAUGAUACUUCACUAAGAGAUUUUAGUGGAAAAUGUUUACGUGAAUUUUUACAUUGGUCUUUGAAACAGUCCUCAGUCAAGACUGUUGAAAAGAGCCCUGUCAAUGCUAGCUCUAUAUUAAGAAGAAUAUUCAGUUUUGCUCUACAUCCAAGUGUAUUUAAGAGAUUAGGUGCUGCUCUAGCAUUUAACAAUAUUUAUCAAAUAUUCAGAGAAGAGAAGAGUUUAGUAGAUAGGUACACAUUCCAGAUAUUAGUACAUUUUGUAGAAAGUUUAAGUCUGGCUCACAAAGAUGAUAAGUCACUUGGAACUCAAGAACAGUGUGCGGCUGUUUUGAAGCAUCUUCAACGUAUUAUAAUAUUUCAUGAAGAUAUAUUGAAAAAACCUAGUAAAAUCAGACAGGAACCAAGAGAAUGGAGUAAUAAAACAUUAGAUAUAGCUGUACGAUGGUUAUCAAGACAAUGUGGUCGACCUCAAACAGAAUGUAGACAUACCUGUAUGAAACUAGUUUAUAAUUUAUGUACACAUGUACAAGGUAAUUAUUUUGUAUCUUUUGACUUGAUAGAUAUUGUAGAUAAGUCUACUAUUAUCAAGAAAGUGUUUGAAGGAGGUGGUACAGCUACUCAUGGUAAAAGUGGUAUAUCAGCUUGUUCUACAUUAUUAAAGAUAUCAGAUACAUUCACUUUAACAUCUACUAUGAAUUGGUUUGAUAUGUUAUUAGCUGGUCUAGAUUGUUAUACCUGGGUAUUUGGUGAAGAUUUAUUGACUCCAAUAAAUAUAUUCUCAGGAACUGGUUCUAAUACAUCUAAGUUAUUUGAAAGUUUAGAGUAUUUUUUGUCCAAUAUAUCAUUGCGAAGUAUUGAUGAGGUUUCUAAACUAUUUAAAGAGAGUUCUGUUGAGUAUUUUACACCUAGAGAAAUAGAAGAUUUUAAUAGAAAUAAAUGUACAGUAAUUGUAAGAAUUACCAACUUUUUGUCUGUUUUAAUUGGUAAAUAUCCUAAAGAUGCCAUAAAGGUGAUUCCUGGUACAGUAUGGAGUGAUACACUGUGGGAAUUAUUGAUCAAAUGUGUAGUACAACCUCAAUCUGUAGGAUUUAAUAUGGGAGAUGUGGAAGUUAUGAAUAAUUUACCAUCAGAGGUCCCCACAAAGCUAAUGUUUGUUGGUAUUACUAAUUUCAGCGAUCUGUUUAGUUUGUUGACUAAUCUAUCGUUGAAUAAUCCAGUGGUUGGUCAUACAGUAUUACAACAUUUAGUAUCAGGUUAUAUACUACUAAACAAAACCGGUUUACUAGUUAAUACUAAUGUACAACAAUUAGUUUUUGAUACUGUUUACAAGGUUUGUAUAUACCCACAAUUUUUUUUAGGAAUGAAUAUUCCUGUUAGUGUUCCGUUCUCGGGAAUUUACGAGGAAAAAGGUAAAUUAAAGAAAAUUAUCACAUUAACUCCAGCAGCUUCAAUACUAGGGAAAUCACUUCUAGAUUUAUCUUUUAAACUGGGAUUAAAGGAUAAUGUGUUAAUCACAGCGUUAUUGAAUGAUGAUAUGAUACAAGGUAAAACACCUAGUGUUAACUUACAACAUGGUGAAGCGUUUUUUCUGAUGUUUAAAUCAGUUAUCUGUCAAUAUAUAGCUGAGAACGGUCGUACUAUUAUACCAAUACUUACUAACCAAGCUAAGACUCAUGGUCGAAAAGUCAACAGUAUACUAGGUGCUACUGUGGAUUAUAUUGCUAGAGACAGAACUCUUAGAAAGAAGGAAGGUCCAAAUGUAGCUUCAACUAUCUUAUCAGAGUGGAAAAAAUUUUCAACAUGGUGGACUAAUAAUGCACCUCCAGAAUUACAGAAUUUAGCCAUUUCUCUACUUACUAAAGUUUUACUUAUAGACAGCAGGGUGACAUCCCAUACAUCUCAUCCAUCAUUCUCCACCAUAUUUGAAAUGUAUCAAACUAUGUUGGUAGAUAACAAAACAAACUUAGCUUUCAAGAACAAAGUUUUAGAUUUAUUACCAUUUUUUGCCAUGGCUCAAGAAACCUACAUUACCAAGCUGAAAUCCAGUUUAGAUAGAUUUGUAGCAGAUAAUUUUCCCAUUAAAAGUAAUGAAUUUACUAAAGGGAGUCCACGAUAUCAAGAUUAUAUUUCAGCUAUUAAUAAGAUAUUACUAGCUUUAGAGCUGUCUGGAUGUUCUAUGCUAUUAGAAUUAUUAAUCAGUAUAUUUUGUCGUGAAAGUAAACAUGUAUAUGAAGAUGAAAUACAGGAUGUAAUAGCCAGAUAUACAAAAAGGUUAGUUAUUUAUAAACAGAAAUUGGCCUUAGAUAUACCAUACAAGAUAUUUACCAGCUCUGGUAGUUAUCCGUCUGCUAUCAGAAUUGCUGCCUUGUCUAGAGUUUGUUUACCUAUGUUACGUCUAGUACACAAGUCUGCUGUAAUAGAAUUCUUUUUGACUCAUAUUUCCUUUAUUAUGAGUGAAAUUGAAGCCAAACUUGUAAAGGGAUCCAAAGCUGAACUUGAGAACCAACUGACCACUAAGAUUGGUUGUUUUCAAUUAAUGGAGUUAUUAUAUUCAAGACUAACUAAAGAUGAAGUCAACAGCAAAAACUCUGUUAUAAAUGAAAAAUACUGCCAAACUAAAGUUGAGACUGGUAAAGAAAUGACUCAAAAGGCAACAAAAUGUGCUCAUGAAGCUAGGAGUGAGGAUACAAGAGGUGAAACAGAGUUGGUUGAACUAAGAAGACAAUAUCACUGUACAGCCUACAAUCUAAUGAUAUCUAUCAUAUCAUGUACUCAGACUGAAGCCAAGUUUUAUAAUUGUUUUCUAUUCUCUGAAAAACCAAGCAAGGGCCAGUUUCUAUUAGAUAAUAUAUUAGAUUGUGAGAAGAUGUUUGAAUUUAAAGCUGAAUUAGAUUCACCAUUAGAAAGAAAGAAAAGAUUUGUAUCAAUAAGAAAUGAAGUUAAAGAGACCAGACAAGGAGAAGAAGAAGAAUCUCUAUUUUCUUCCUAUAAUAUAUCUACUCAGAAUAUAGAAGAGAGUAGUCUUAGUGAUGAUCUUAAUCAAUAUGAUUUUAAUUCUGGAACUGCCCAGGUAUUUUUCUCUGACAUCUUUUCUGAUCUGACAUCAAGUAGUAAUGUACAACCAGAUCAGUUCAAUACUACUGUAGAUUAUAUUGAAUUAGAAUUAGAUGAGCUUAAUCAACAUGAAUGUAUGGCCACCAUGGUAGCUUUAAUAAAACAUCUUCAUACAGUUAUAACACCAGUUCUUAAGGGAACAAUACCAAAGGAAAUGCCAACAUGGAUGUCUUAUUUCUCUGAAAAGAUGACAAAUCCAGCUACAAGUUUCAACAUCAAACUCUUUAUAGCUCGACUCAUUUUCAACACCUCAGAGGUUUUCCAGCCUUACACUAAGUUUUGGUUAAGACCUCUUUGUCAGCUGAUAUUUUCUGGUCCAUUAUCAUCUGAUGGUAUUAAUUAUUUCAAUGUUGAUUUGAUAGUAAUGAUGAUGUCCUGGCAUACCACAUCAAUACCCCAGGAUACAGCAGAAGAAAGAGCCAUGUCCUCCAGACUAGUACAAUUUCUAAUGGCUAAUAUUUAUCAUAAAAAUAAACAAAUUUAUAGAAAUAAUCUGGAAAUGUUGAAAACAGUUUUAGAAUGUUGGCAUGACCGAAUUGAAAUACCAUAUAAAAUUAUUUACAAUCAGUUAAAAAGUGAAGAGAAUAAAUCUGUUGGUAUACAGUUACUAGGUGUAGUUAUAACCUGUAAAUUUCCACCCUAUGGUCCAGACUGUCCUGUAGAUAGACACAAGUUUUUCACAACAGUAGCAUUUUUAAUGUGUGAUAAAUCAAAACCUGUCUAUACAGCUACAGGGGAAGUUGUAGGAAUGAUAUUGAAAUAUCUGGAAGUUAAAGAGCAAGAGACUGAAGGAGAAUUCCAUACCUAUAUUAUCAACAAUAUCUCAUCUUUACAGUUAUCAAAACCUGAUAACUUUAUAUAUUGUAUACAUAAAAUACAUCAACAAUAUCCUCCUACGGCUGAUAGAUUGUUGAAUAAACUGUUAUUUAUGUUACCCAAUCUAAAUGGUGAAAGUAGACGACUAUGUUUAGAAGUGGUACAUGGUCGUAUAGGUCAGAUUGAUAAUGUUUUCAUGGAAUUAAAAACUAAAGGAUUAUUAUCAUUCUUAACACAAAGAAAUGAAAAGACUCAACUGGUAGCACUGAAUAUAAUAACAUCAAUAAGAGAGAAAUUAAAAAGCAAAGAAAUGAGUUCAUUAAUGGAUUCCAUAACAGCCUUCUCACAUCAUCCUAGUACUUUAUGUCGUAAAGUUAUGUUUGAAUUAUUAAUGUGGAUUUAUGAUAACUAUAGAGAAGAUGAGUGUACUGAAGGACAUGAAAUAAUGUUAAAAACUAAAGAAUGUUUAUUGAAGGGUUUAGGAGAUGAAGAUAUGAUGUGCAGACUUUUGGUGCAGAAUUUUUGGAGUAGUGAUACUCGUCUGCCAACUGGUACAUUAGAUAGAAUGGUAGCUAUGCUUGAAGCUAUGUAUUCACCAUCUACAGAACAACAAUAUCUGAGCUAUGCUACUAAUUUGUUAUUAGAAAUGACUACUAAAAGCCCAGACUAUCAACGUGAAAUAUUCGAACAUCCUUUGUCAGAGUGUAGAUUUCAGGAAUUUUCUGUGAAAUCGUCAUGGAAACAGCGCCAUGCUGCCAUGACACCACUAUUUGCUGCUACAAUAAGUACAGUAAGUGAGAGUAUGGAAGGUGUUGAGGAUAGUUUAGAUGGUGGUGUUAGAGCUACACAAGAUGUUCAAUUUACAGCUACACAGGAUGCUGGUUCUAAUGCUCCAUUUAAUUGGUUAACUGGUAGUAGUUUAGAUACUUAUGGUGACUAUGGUAGUAUGAGUAGUAGCGAAACACCAUCCUCAUUAUUAUUUUCUGUUGGUACUUCUGGUAGUCAAUCUACUAAUAAACGCCAAUCUAAAGCAGGAUUUGGUUUACGACGGCAAACAAUUGUUAAACAACUUGGACAUGCGCCAAAAUCAGAAGGUAUGCUUAAUAAAUCUGAUACAGUGUGGAAAUUACGACGAAGAUUUCAAAAAGAUAAAGAUGAUAGAUUGUUUUUCAUGAAAAAAAAUGUUCGAUUGCGUAAAAGGGAGGAGGAAAGAUUGAUGGAACAGAAGUCUAGGCGUGAAAAUCAAGUCACCAUGUACAGAAAAUACAGAACUGGGGAUCUACCUGAUAUUCAGAUUAAACAUUCUUAUAUCAUAGCUCCACUUCAAGCUUUAGCUCAUAGAGACAGUACUAUAGCUAAGCUAUUAUUUAGCUCCUUAUUUAAAGCUAUUUAUAAGAAAAUGGAUGAAGUAAAAACAGAAAGAGAAAUGGAAGAGACUAUAGAGUUGAUUAAUACUAGUGUUGAAACUAUGUUUAAUACAACUAGUCAAUAUUAUCCUCCAUUUCUUAGUUGUAUUAUGGAUAUCGUAUAUGUUUUGAGGUCAAGACUAAAGAUUAGUCCAUCUAAUUUAAGUACCUGUGCAAUAGUUAGCAGUCUUCAGCCAUUAGGUAUAGUGGUAUUAGAAGAACAAUUGAUACAGACCGACAGUACUGAACAGAGAGGUAAUAAACGUAGAAAAACUGAGGGUACUACUGUUUCUACUGAUGUUAAUCUAUGGAUAGAAAUGGCCAGGUUAUAUAAGUCAGUAGAGAACUAUGACGUGUUACACGGUAUAUUUAGUGGUAAAAUAGAUACUAAACCUAUUACCCAGGAAGCAAUGAUGGCUGAAUCUAAAGGUGACUACCAAACAGCCAAUAAACUGUAUGAUGAGGCUCUCUCUAUUCAAGACUGGGCAGGUGAAGAUCCAUUGGAAGCUGAAAUUGAUUUUUGGGAUGACUCCAGAAUGCAGUGUUUAGAUCACCUGACUCAAUGGAAAGAUUUAGAGACAGUAUGUUUAACUGCUAUAGAUAAUACUGAGCUACCUAAUUUAGAUAAAGUAUGGGAAGACACAUUAUAUCAGGAACAUUAUUUACCAUAUAUUAUUAGAAGUAAAUUAAAAUUAUUAUUAUUGGGUGGAGAUCAGCAGAGUUUAUUAACAUUUGUUGAUACAUCCAUGAAGACUACUGAAUACAGAGCUGUCCUAGAGAGUCGAUAUAGUAUGGAAUUAUCAUUAAUGUAUUUAUGGCAAGAUAAUUAUGAUAGAGCCAGACAUUAUGCUAAUUUGGCAUUACAGAAAUUUUUACAGGAUUGGAGUAGUACAGAUACAUUAAUAGUAGCUAGUAGAACAUCACAACUACAAACUCUACAACCAUUAGUAGAACUUCAUGAAUUUCUUACUUAUAUAUCAAAUGAAAAUGAUAUUACCCACACAACUGCUAAUCAGUUAUUAAAAUCAUGGCAGAAACGACAACCACAUAAAUUAUUAGAUCCAGUUAAUAUCUGGGAUGAUGUUAUAUCACAAAGUAUUUUAUAUGCCUUAUCAAUUAAUAAUUUGCUUUGUUUCAGAAAUGUUUAUUUAGACCACAUCAGCCAGUGUUUAGCUGGCAAGAAUAAAGAAUCACAAGAGAUGGAUGAAGGAGACAUGUUUCACCAGUCUAAAUUAAGAUUAUAUUUAGCAAUGGCUGAAAGCUGUAAAGAACAGAACAAUAUAGCUCUAACAUUACGUAUAUUGAAGAAAACAAACUCUGCUAUUAAAUCAGUUGAUAAUGAAGAAUUGAAAGUAGAAUGGAGUCAACUCUAUGCUAGUACCCACCAGAAGAAGAUUAUUAGUAAUGAUUGGUCUGAAGAUGGUAUCAAUGGUUUACUAACUACCAUAGGUAAAUUCAAUGACAGUGAUGUAUUGAAAAGUAAACCAGAUUUAUACAGACGUCAUCAUGUCCUAACAGCUACAUCAUAUGAAUUACUAGCUGAAUCAUGUCUAGCUGCAGAAUUACCACAAAGUUUAUCAUCUAAGACUUGUGAUAAAUUAAAAAAUCUUCUCAAAACAGACAAUUUGGACAAAACACAGGUAAAUAUUGUUAGUGAUUUGCUCCAGAAAUCACACCAAGAACUAAAAUCUGCUAUAUCAGAUAGUGUUGUAACAAGGUCAAGGUCAGAAUCCUUCACAGAAGCAGACGCACAAAUAGCUCUUAGUAAAUUCUGUGAUAAAUUUCUUAGAAUGAAAGAAAAUGAAGAAGAACAUAUCAAAGAGAAAGUAAUAGAAAAUUAUGGUGAAACAAUUAUAAUAUGUUUAUUAAAAGCUAUGAAACUAGGUUCUAUGGAAGCUAUAGAGAGAUUUCCCCGUUUAUUACAAUUCGUUGAGCUAUACCCUGAUACAAUGCCUACUUUUAUCAAAAUGGUGAGUGAAAACCGCCUUUUCCCUUUAUGGAUGUUUUUAUUAUGGAUUAAUCAGAUGAUGGCAUUAAUAGAUAAAACAGAAUCACCAGCUGUUCAACCAAUCUUAUUACAAAUAGGUACAGAAUAUCCACAGGCCAUUGCAUACCCAUUCCGUAUCAGUUGUGAAGGAUUCGAAUUUGAAGAUUCGGCACAAGGCAAGAAAAAUAAGGAAGCAGUUAAAAAGUUGGCAUCAAUACUAACUGAAGAUAAAGUACCAUUAGUCAAUAAAUUUAUUAGUGCCUUAGAUCAAUUUGGUCAGCCUGAAAUGUUAUUUAAGGAUUGGACUGAUGAUAUAAAGAAGAUGUUACAAAGUAAAAAUCGUAAUAAAUCAAAGAUAAUGGAGAAAUAUAAAGAGAUUUAUAAUAUGUUGAUAGAAUAUAAAGAAACACAAGACACUUCUUCAACACAACUCUCAUACAUGACUCAAACUACAAAUGUUGGUAUGGGUGAAUACAGGAAAAAAUUUGCUGAUACAUUUAAGAAGGAUUUUGAUAUUGCUUUUGGUAAAAAUGGAGAAAAGUUGGCCAGCAUGUCUAUAAAGAAAGGUCGUGGAAAGCUAGUGCCACCAUUGUCAUUACAUGAAUAUUGUCAAUGGCUGGCAGAUUUCAAUCCUAACAGAGAUAGCAGAGAGCUAGAAAUUCCAGGACAAUAUGAUGGAUUAAGUAAACCAUUACCAGAAUAUCAUGUUAAAGUUGCUGGCUUUGAUGAAAGGGUAUUGGUAAUGUCAUCACUACGACGACCUAAAAGAAUAACAAUACGUGGUAAUGAUGAGAAAGAUUAUCAUUAUCUAGUAAAGGGUGGAGAAGAUUUAAGACAAGAUGCCAGGAUUGAACAGUUAUUUGUCAUCAUGAAUAAAGUUUUUGAUAAAGAUCCUGUGUGCAGACAUAGAAAAUUACAUUUAAAAACAUAUCAAGUUAUACCAAUGACACCCAGAGUUGGUUUAAUAGAAUGGAUGAACAAUACUACUCCAUUGAAAGAUUUUGUAUAUGGAGCAUUAACUGAACAAGAACGCAAAUAUAUAUUAGGAGAUCAAGGGCCAGGUAAACAACAUGAAAAUUGGACGUAUAAGUAUUUUGAUGCUAAGAAAAGAUGUAUUAAGUCUAUGUAUCAGAAAGUAUAUCAGAACUACUCUAGAGCUGAAACUAUUAAAGAUUUUAGAAUGAAAGAAAAUAAAGUACCCUGGGAUCUCUUCAGACGAGCAUUCCAUCAAAUGAGUACAUCACCAGAAGCCUUUCAUGUAUUACGGUGUGAAUUAGUAGUAACUCAUGCUACUAUAUCAAUCUGUCAAUAUUUCCUUGGUAUAGGUGAUAGACAUUUAUCUAAUUUUAUGAUCAAUUUGAAGACUGGAGGAAUGGUGGGUAUUGAUUUUGGUCAUAAUUUUGGAUCAGCUACACAGUUUUUACCAGUACCAGAGUUGAUGCCAUUUAGAUUGACACGUCAGAUUAUCAACCUAACUCUACCAUUAGGGAUUAAAGGAUUACUAGAAAAUACCAUGAUACAUACUACUAGAGCUCUACGACAAGAUUAUGAUCUACUAGUUAAUACUAUGGAUGUCUUUGUUAAAGAACCUUCUGUAGACUGGCUGAAUUUUGCUGAAAAACAAAGAAAUGAAAUGUUAAUGACAGCUGAUGAUGAAGAAUCAACCUGGUAUCCCAAACAAAAAUUACAAUAUGCACUGAGAAAAUUUAAAGGAGACAAUCCCUGUCAUAUAACAAAGGAUGAGUUAUAUUUGGGUCACAGUAGAAGUCCAGCUAUUAAACAUUUUGAGAAGUGUGUAUUAGGAGAUGCUAAGGACAAUGUUCGUGCUACUUUACCUUCUACAGGACUAACAGUUGAACAACAAGUUGAAGCCUUAAUAGAUCAAGCUACUGAUCCCAAUAUAUUGGGUCGUGUUUGGCAAGGAUGGGAGGCUUGGGUAUAG